CAUCAAAAUCGAUAGAUCAAUCUCGACGCCGUGCGCAUUGGUCUGCAGACGCACCGCAUGGACGCAGACGGCGGCGGCGUCAAGAAGCGCAAGACGGAGGCUAGCGCCAUGCUGCGCAAAAAGCCGCGUCGCUCUGCUCGUGACAAGAGCGAAUUUGUGAGCGUGGAGGUCGGCAUGCGCGAGUUCAAGAAGCGCCUGGCUGCUUCUGGCUCAAACGACGCAGAUACUGCUGACACUGCUGCUGGGGCCAAUACAGUGGAAGAUCUGACACAAGACGUGAAGAAGACGAGGACGCGAGCUAAACCGAAGACAGAAGUAAAGAAGGUAACUACGCGGAAGACGGCACCUCGAACGACUACACAGAAGGCAACUGCAGCAGAGAAGAAAAUGACGGUAAAAAAGACGCCAGUGAAGAGAACGACACGCUCAUCAUCAAAAAUGACGCUGGCGGAGGUGAAGGCGCAACUGGAGCGAGAGCAGAAGGACAGAGUGGAGUACCGUAUCCAGACGCUGCGUCGGGACACAAAGCCAACCGCUGUUCCUGCAUCAAGUGUUUCUGUCGGUGCUUCUGCUGUCACCACAGCUCCUGGGCUUGCUGCUCCAGUAGAUGAAGCCCCUUCUUCGGCUCCUGUGGCUCCUGCACUCGCCGUUCCUGUUGCUUUGCCUGUACAAAUCCAGGCAUCUGCGGUUGUUAGUGCCCAGCAUCCUAUGGAGGUGACGAGUGCAGCACCGGCCACAGUAAUGCCGAGCCUAACACUACCCGCUACUAUUGAGAAUCAUACCCAGAGCACGCAAGCAUACACGUCAACGACGCCGGCACCUCCAACUGCUAACCUUUCAGUUAACCUAGCUCCUGUCUCGACAGCCGUUCCACCGUCUAACCCGGUAAAGAACGAGUUUAUUGCUGAUGACGUGGAAGAAGAUCUCAUGUUUGCAAUGGCACUUGAAGAGGUGGAACGGAAGCUUGCAACGCCUCAGAAGCAACCUCCUUCUAGUAAAGCUGUUGUUGCUACUAACUCGUUACCCUCAGUUAGUCAUCAGGCCCCGGCUGUUCCAGCAAAGCCGACGCCUGUAGAACAAAAGGUGGAAGUGCAACCCACUCAAACUCUUAACGCUUCUCAGCCUCAACCAACUGAGACACUGAUGGAUAUCAAACAAGCAGAACUUGCUGUUGUGUUGGCGCCUGAUGUAUUGGAAGAGAUGGAGCGGUUGAGACGAGAAAAUGAACUUCUCAGGCGGUCGAACGAACUUCUCCAGGCAGCUGUAACGCCGCCUGCGCACCCAGAAACUCGUGUUGAUGAGCAGCCCAGGCGUUCCCCAGACAGAUCCACUGCACACGACCGCAAAAUUGAAUCCACGGUAUCACUAGAGGAUACUUCAGCAAGAUCGAUAGCUCAAUAUCUCGACCUGGCCAGGUGCGAUAGCGACCAGAAUAUGAAGCAAACUGCUUACGCCAAAAUUCCGGAUCGUACGAUCGAUAUGAAUUCUCCUGAAAAGCGUAGUGGAAAUGCAGAACCAAACGGCGAAGACAAUUCAGAAAAUAUAACCAACGAAGAGAAAAAAAUACAUGAAGGUGAGCACAAGCCUGCUGAGGACACGGAGGCUGUCGCUGAGCAUCAAAUACACACAGAAAACGUGUCGCAGCUGUCGACCGCUGUCACCUCGCAGGCAGAAUCGCAGUCUACGCCAUUGCCCGAUCACUCUACCCCCAGCGAAAAAGAUGACCAUUCACCCACACGGCAAAUUGCGAUUGAGCAAGAAGCAGACGGAAAAUAUGAGGUUGUGUUACGUGAAAAAGAAAAAGCAACCAAACUUUCUCCAUCGAAAGAGAAAGAAGACGAGCAUUCUGUUCAUGCCACGGCUGGAAGCGAUGGUGAUGUAUCGGAUGUCAGCAUGUCUGAACAUGACGGUGAAGAAGAAGAAGAAGAUCCAAUGGGGAAUGAUGACUCUGCCCCGCGAACUUCAACAAUUGACAUCGGAAACUACGCAGAGUACAAGGUUCAUCAACAGGACGAGUUGGAGGCUGGCGAGGAUGAAUGCAUAGAGGAGAGAUCGGAUGAUGUGUCCGAAGACAAGAUGGCCUCUGCACCAGCACCAUUGACUCCUGUUGACUUGAAGCCGUACGAAAGGGUGGUUGGAUAUGAAGCUAAUGUAAUUCAAAAGCCACACACAUCAGCGAACAGCGAAAAUCUCGAGCGAACCACUGCUCCUAGCAACUCAGAAGAUUACGAGGAAGAUGGAGGCGAAGAUGAAGAAGAACUCAUGGUCGUGAACCGUGUAAAACGACGAGAAGUAAUGGCUAUUUCAUCGUCGUCGUCAUCAUCAGAAUCGGACUCAGAAAUCGAAGAAGAUGCAGCCGAUGACACGCCCAGCUCGAACGUACUGGAGGCUGCUUUGAAAGCGGCAGGGAGCGACUUUGGCCGUAAGAACCAAGCGAAGGCGCCUUCUACAACCACUCGUGAUCGCCGAGAAUCCAAGGCAACUCUGUCUGGUGGUGCGUCGGUGUCAUCACCCGCGGUUCCUGUGAAGUCGAAGAAACGAAGAACUCCAGGUCUAUCGCCUUCCACUGCAAAGAAACCUCCUAGCGUAAAGAGCUCUCUGCUUUGGCCAGAGCUUGACGAGUUCUACGAUUUUCUACUGGACUUGUCACCACGAAAUGUCCGUCGAUCGGAGAAGAAGAGGACAUAUCUUGAACAGUAUGUUGGUGGGAAGAUACCUACUCAGCACUUAUCUAUCGAAGACUAUUGCAACGUACAGCUCGAGGCGAUUAUGGAAGAACUGGUUGCAUCCGUCAGCAACACUACGGAUAGAAGAGGUGGAGGAGGCUCAGGUCCCAUUCGGCAUUUAUCACUCGCGUCAGUAUCACCCUGUGGAACCCAAGGGAUGUCUACGCCGACAGUGGGGCUGAGUUUGGGUGCUAUAUUCUCUGAAAGUGGCUUUACUGGAAACACAUCCAACAGCAACGACUAUAUCCUUACGUUUGAUGCUUCUGGGCUCGGUAAAAAGGCCUCGUCUGACUUCAUGAGUGGCGAUUUGGUACUUCUGCGCUCUCCUCGCUGGAAAAACUACGAGAUGUGCGUUUUCGGCGUGAUCCUGUGCGACUCUGUGGUCGCAGUGGGAGGGAAGAACGGACCUGGGGGUAAGAGCGGAGGCGGAGAAAGUGACCAGAUCUGUGUGCUUAUUCGGGUUCAACCGCGUGACCGAGAUGAUGCAGUCGAGAACUUUGGUGUGUUAACGGAGCUAUGUCUCUCGAAUCAACGAGCGCCUAACUGGCGAUGGCCAAUGCAGCAAGUGCACAAUACAACCACAAGUGCUCGCGAAUUCCAGGCGAUAAAGGCGAUAUCGUUUUUCCCCAACGAUCUCAAGCAAGUUCUACUAAGCGGACAGCUAGUAUCUACUACCAGAGCAGAGAAGAAAUUUGUACCUUCAUCGUCAAUGAUUUCCCCACGCUUGCUGAAGUACCUGCAGAAGCACUACAAUGACUCGCAGGUCCAGGCAAUCCUCGGAUGUCUUGGAGAAGACAGCCGGGUCAUCAUUCAAGGACCGCCUGGAACAGGUAAAACCAAGACAAUUCUUGGUCUUCUUUCUGCUUUGCUGGAUGGUGCUGGUCUAUCUACACUUCAGAAAGCAAAAGGUACGGCUCGUAUACGUGUGGGAGCGUCACUACAGAACGCACGGACGUCUGCAGUGUCCAAGACUGUAGCUGAGACCUCGAUCCGUAUUCUCGUCGCUGCUCCUAGUAAUGCUGCUGUCGAUGAACUGGUGUUACGAGUUCUGAGCGAAGGUUUGUAUGACGGUGAGAAAGGAGAGUCCUACCGCCCACGUAUCGUGCGUGUCGGUCGUCCGGAAAGUCAGCAACUUUCGAGUUUGGCCGCGGCUCGAGAAGCCAGCGAAAGCAAGAAGAACCGCAAGAAGAUGCGCAAGUACGCUCGCGAAGUGGAAGAAGUUCUACUUGAAAGUUUGGUGACGAAGCAUCGCAGCACUUUUCCGACUGUGAAACAGGCGCGUCAAGCAAUCAUCAAGAAUGCACAGAUCGUGUUUUGCACGCUAAGUGGUGCGGGGUCCGUGGCGAUGUGUGAGUUUGCCCAGGAUUUCGACGCUCUGAUCAUUGACGAAGCUGCCCAGGCAGUUGAGGCCAGCACUCUAAUCCCGUUUAAGUUCCGCCCACACCGAGUUGUACUGGUAGGUGAUCAUCGACAAUUACCAGCUACGGUGAUUUCAAAGAACCUGGUGUCAAUGGGCUACGACCGGAGUCUGCAGCAGCGGCUUGUAGAGAAUGGCUCACCGGUGUUGCUGCUGAAUCAGCAGUAUCGAAUGCAUCCUGAAAUCUCCGAGUUCCCGUCCAAAUUCUUCUAUGAAGGGAAGCUGGUACAAGACGAUAACAUGCGCGAAUGGACGGCUCAGGACUACCAUCGUGACCGUGCUUUCAAGCCUUUACUAUUUUUGGAUGUGCAAGGCGCUCAAAGUCAGGUUAGUGGAUCCACAUCACUACGAAAUAUGAGUGAGGUUGAGGCGGUGAUCCAGCUCGUUCGCCGCUUACUCACCAAAUCCCCGCGCAUCGAAUGGAAGAAGCGCAUCGGUGUCAUCGCGCCGUACAAGCAACAGAUCUACGAAGUGCGAGGUGCGAUUGGGAAGUUAGAGGCAGAGUUUGACCGCCAUCUGGGCAUUGAGGUGAACACUGUGGACGGCUUCCAGGGUCGAGAGAAGGAGAUCAUCAUCUACUCGUGUGUUCGUACCAGCUACGGUGGCCGCAGAAAGCAAAAGAAACGCAGUCGUGGCAACGAUGAGGAGGACGUUCUUGACGCGUUUUGGGCUGACGAGCGACGUAUGAAUGUCGCCAUUACGCGUGCCAAGAGUAGUCUGUGGAUCGUAGGGAACUCGACGUUGCUGAAGCAGAGUCGCGCGUGGCGAGCUCUUAUCCAGCAUACGAAAGAUCAUAAAAGGUAUGUUGGUGACGGUGCCACGCUCUUCGCCUCUAGCUCGUCAACUCGGAAGAUAAGUAAGGCAUCCAGCAAGUCCAAGAACAAAGCCAAUAGCCAAUAGAGACCAAAUAGAGACAACUUCAACAUGUAUGGAUUCAUAUCGA